GCCCCGCCCCGCCCCAAACAGAGGGCGCAGCCCCCAGCCGGGCAGGCCCCACCCGGCGCUUGGGCAGUCAGGAGUCUCGCAGCUCCUUGCUACGCAGCGGACUCAGUUGAGGCCAAAAUACUCGCUCGCCAUGUCGGCUGCAGAGGCGGGGUGUGUUUUCCACAGAGCGCGGGGCAGGACCCUGGACGCCUUUUCCUCAGAAAAGGAAAGGGAAUGGAAAGGCCCGUUCUACUUCAUCCAAGGUGCAGACCCCCAGUUUGGACUGAUGAAGGCCUGGGCCACUGGGGACUGUGACAGCGGUGGUGAUGAGUGGGAACAGGAGAUCCGUCUGGCUGAGCAAGCAGUCCAGGCCAUCAACAAACUGAACCCCAAGCCCAAAUUCUUUGUUCUGUGCGGGGACCUCGUCCACGCCAUGCCAGGCCGGCCCUGGCGGAAGGAGCAGACCGAGGACCUGCAGCAGGUGCUCAGGACCGUGGACAGCGACAUCCCGCUGGUGCUGGUCAGCGGCAACCACGACGUGGGCAACGCCCCCACCCCCGAGACCAUCGCGGAGUUCCAGCGGACUUGGGGAGACGACUACUUCAGCUUCUGGGUCGGGGGUGUCCUGUUCCUAGUUCUCAACUCCCAGUUCCUGUACGACGCGUCCAGGUGCCCCGCCCUGAAGCGGGAGCAGGACCGCUGGCUGGAGCAGCAGCUGCGCAGCGCGGGGCAGCGCGCCUGCCGGCACGCCGUGGUCUUCCAGCACAUCCCGCUCUUCCUGCAGAGCAUCGGCGAGGACGACGACUACUUCAACCUCACCAAGUCCGUGCGGAAGGAGAUGGCAGACAAGUUCGUGGAGGCAGGUGUCAAGGCUGUCUUCUCCGGCCACUACCACAGGAAUGCUGGGGGCACCUACCGGAACCUCGACAUGGUGGUGUCAUCCGCCAUCGGGUGCCAGCUGGGCAAAGAUGCCCACGGGCUCCGAGUCGUGGUGGUCACCGCUGAGAAAAUCGUCCACCGGUACUACAGCCUAGAUGAGCUGAGUGAGAAGGGGAUAGAAGACGAUCUGAUGGAUCUGUUGAAGGAAAACUAAUCACCGAUUACGAUUGAUUUACUUUUCACUUCUACUGUUUUUUUUUUUUUCAUUUUGUUAGAAACAGUAGCUGCAUACAACCCCUUAUUGGAAUAAACAAAAAAAAGUGUUCCAGGCAGAUUUGUGAAUUUAUGUCCUUCCCCUUAAAGGACUGGGUCCUGCCCUAAAUGAUACUCAAAUGGAACUGCCCUCCCUUUUUAAAAGAGAGGAGGGAGGAGCCUGAGAAUGAAAGAAUAAAUGAUGUUAUUAGAAUAUC